UUAAGGAAAUUCUGUAAAACACUUCUAGAUAUUAAGUAUCUGUACAGCACCUGUGUGCAGUGUUCUGUGUGCAUUCAUCACUCCUGUCAGAAAAGGUAAUGACAUUAGAUCUGUAGGUUUCAAUUCCACUUAUUUUCCAGAAGCAGCAGACAGUGGUGAUAAACAGCAGAGAGGAUCUGUGUGAGCAGUCAUGGACGGGAGUCUGUUUGUGCUGCUUCUGCUGUCAGGGCUCUUCUGGAGCAGUUCUGCUCUUUCUCGUCCGUACCACUAUAUAAAUGUGAGAAUGUCGUGGCCAGAGGCUCAGAGUUACUGCAGAUCGAAGUACACUGAUCUGGCUACUGUAGACAGCAUGGAUGAUGUGAACAGGCUGGUGAAUAUAGUGGAUGCUGGAUACAGUGGAUCAGUGUGGAUUGGACUGAAGAGGGGGACACAGAAACGCUGGGGUUGGUCUAACGGUGAAAACACAACUUCUCAGUACUAUAACUGGGAUUCAGGACAGCCAAAUGGGGAUGAAGAUUGUGUAUCUACUUAUGCCGGUGUUUGGCAUGAUAUGUUAUGUAGCGAUGAGCGAUAUUUUGUGUGCUACGAAAAUUCUGGAUACAUAUUGAUACAGAGCACAAAAAACUGGACUGAUGCUCAGAGCUACUGCAGACAGAAUUACACAGACCUGCCCACCAUCCACAACUCUGAGCAAAAUAACCAGAUAAAUCAGAUUCUUUUAUCUGAAAAUUACAUCUGGAUCGGUCUGUUUCUGGACUCUUGGGAAUGGUCUGACAAAUGGAGUCUCUUCUUCAGACACUGGGCAGCAGGUCAACCAUCCAUGAGUUCAGGAUCUGGUGACUGUGUUGGCAUGUCAACAGCUGAUUCUGGGAAAUGGGCUCAAUACAGCUGUGAUCUACAGCAGCCUUUUAUCUGCCAUGGAGACAAGUUGAAUAGAAAGCAGAUUGUCAGACUGAAAUUGUCCUGUAAUGAAUGCACACUGAAUGACCCUUCACUACAGACGUCCAUUCUUCAUGAGAUAAGUGAAAAGCUGAAGAGCAUGGGGUUGGAAAGUGAGAGCAAAUUAAGCUGGAGAAAGAGAGAAGAUGAAGAGGUGUUUGAUCAGGAGAGUAACUAUAUGGCCAACUCAAAUAAUGAAUGUAAAAAACAGUAAUUUUCAGUGUCCCUCUAAAGUAAAGUAAGUCUUUAAAACAGACUUAAAAAAAAUAUAUAAAGUAAAAGUCUGAACUAUAUUUUUUAGAGGAACUUCUUUAAAGAUUUCUUUAGACUCUUCCUUUACUAAAUCUACAAUUUAAUUCUAUAGUUUUAAAUGUAAAUGUUUCUGUAAAAUCAUUAAACGUGUACUUAAGUUAAAAAAAGGCCUUUAAUAUGUAAUCUGA